UAAACGUGUGCGGAAGACAGGGAAAUUACAGUGGGGUUAAAGUUCGGUUAGUGCUAUCCGGGAUCCUUGGGACUUCCCUACACUAAACCCUUAACCCAUAUGCCCUUACCCUAACCACAACCCUUAGGCUACCUAAGUAUAACCCUCAACCAUUUUACAUUUCAACUUCACUGGGGGGUCGGGACGUCCCAAGGAUCCCGGGUAGUACGGACCGUGAAAGUUAAACUGCCUGUUGUUUUUUUCGAAAACCCGUGACAUACAGGGAAGAUAUACCGGUCGGGCUAUCUCGUUUUUUAAAGAGGAUACAAAAUAGCGUUUUAAUCCCUUUUUUUCGGAGGCAGCAAACAUGAUGAAAACGAGGGGAUGUUGUGCGUCCAUCUGUCAAUGUUUUUUCGAAUAUUCAACACCGAAAAUUCUUGUAAUUAGGAGCUUCAAGGUUGGAACCCUCAACAGAAUCACGCAGGCUUUAGUGAUUGCAUAUGUGAUCGGGUAUGUCUGUGUGCUGAACAAAGGCUACCAGGACACGGAUGCAGUCCUCAGCUCUGUCACGACCAAGGUGAAGGGCAUCGCCCUGACCAACACUUCUGACCUGGGCCUGCGAAUCUGGGAUGUGGCAGACUAUGUCAUCCCACCACAGGAGGAGAACUCUUUCUUUGUGUUGACAAACCUGCUCAUCACUCUGAACCAAACUCAGUCGCACUGUCCAGAGGUCCCAAAAACUGGUUUUGACUGCACCUCAGACAGGGACUGCAAGGCUGGCUCACGUGAUACCCGAGGCAAUGGUGUUCAGACUGGGAAAUGUGUGAAGUACUCAGCUGUGGAUAAGACAUGUGAGGUUCUGGCUUGGUGCCCGCUGGAGUUAGAUAAGGAACCUCCCAAUCCUCCAAUGUUGGCAGAUGCAGAGAACUUCACAGUGCUUAUAAAGAACAGCAUCCGGUACCCCAAAUUCAACUUCAAUAAAAGGAAUAUCUUACCCUAUGUCAACAAGACCUACUUGGAACAAUGUGUAUUCAAUCGCAUCACUGACCCAGACUGCCCAAUCUUCAGACUCAAAGACAUGGUCACAGAGGCCAAUGAGGACUUUCAGACCAUGGCUGUCCAUGGUGGGGUUAUGGGUGUCCAGAUCCGUUGGGAAUGUGAUCUGGACAUGCCAAGCAGCUGGUGUGUGCCUAGGUACACCUUCCGUCGCCUGGACAACAAGGACCCAGUGAACAAUGUGGCGCCUGGAUACAACUUCAGAUUUGCCAAAUAUUACAAAAAUGGCAACAAUGAAGAGACAAGGACAUUAAUCAAAGGAUUCGGAAUACGUUUUGAUGUCAUAGUUUUUGGUCAGGCUGGAAAAUUUAACAUAGUGCCAACACUGCUGAAUGUUGGUACUGGUCUUGCCCUCCUUGGCUUGGUGACUGUUGUUUGUGAUUGGAUUGUGCUGACAUGCAUGACGAAAAAAAACAUCUAUAACGAAGAGAAAUACUCUUAUGUUGAUGACUUUCAAUUGCUUUCAAAUGAAACACCAUAAAGCCACAACAAAUCAUGUUGAGCAGAAACAACUGUGUAUACAGCAUAUCAAGAUGGAAAUGUGAAACUGCAUUUUUCUGGAUGGAUUCCAGCACUCUUUUCAUUGAUCCACAUACUACAGUCUUCCACGGGCUUGCAAUUCGCUAACGAGACGGAAAAUGUUUUUGUAAAUUUUCCAAAUGUCGCCAAAACAAAAUACCCUAGACAAAGUGGGAUAUUUUUGUGUCUGUAAAAUCAAUUAUGCGAGAAACAUCUGUGAAAACGCCUUUAUGCUCAAAUAUUGAUAUAAUAACCAUCAUAUAAAAGUAAACUUGAAGUCACACGAUUACAUAUUGUGUGGCCCUCUCACUACGACUCAUUGGGAAAGCAUGCAAUUUAUUAGGCUACAGAUGAAAUAAGUUACGAUGAACUUCACAGGGAGGUGAAAGUGCAAGGUGAUGAACUUGAUGCUUCUUUCCAAUAAAUAUUGAGGGUCUUAUUCUGGUGACAUGAUCAUCGAUGCUUGGCUGCCAUUUUGACAAAUAUAUAUUUUUUGCUCUUUUGUUCAUAAUAAUGUCAUCAUGUAGGCUAAAUGUGAGCUCUAGCCAACAGCGUGCAUAUGGUGGACAUAUAUAAGGCCAAAAUGUUUGUGAGAAAACCAUCAGUAGAGUUGAAAAUGUGAUGGAAACCCAUUUAACUUCUUUUUUUUAAUUCGGUACAUGGAAAUAUAUCCACAAAAGGUAUUAUGUGUUCUCCGUCAUCACACACAGCCUUUCAUCUGCAACAAGUCAAUUUGAUGAAAACACCUCUGGUGGGAAAAUGUGCAUAUUGUUUUUGUGGAUUUUUCAAUAUUCGCAUGAAAAUCUGUCGCCAAUUGGAUGGAAACUUAACUAAUGAACAUUUUCACUGCUUGCUGUGAAGGCCCAGUGCUAAUAACAAUCCUCUUUAUUUGAGGACAUUCAGGUGCACCUGUGUUGUACUUUAAUAAACAUUGUAUAUUUUUCUAUAA